ACGCUCAGUUUUCGACAAACGCUCAACGGAAACGGUUAUAAUUAUACUUCUGGACGACACUUUCGAUUGUCAAAGUGCCGAGAAACCAUUAAGAAAAACGAACGAAAUAAACUUACAAAACAAUAACUUUUGCCACAUCCGACACAACCAAAACAAUGUGGCCCUAAAGAUGGACAGUAAUUACUGGAAGCCAGCACUCAAGAUAUACGGACUGAUCCUCCUGCUGCUGUUCGCAUGGGCCCAGGCACAGACUGAGCUGCCGAGUGGAUCCACCUCCGAUGAUCAGGAGUUGGCUGAGAAGGUGGAAAUCCAAGUGGCCUCGACGGCCUACACGCUCGCCUUCAGCAUCGCUGUUGGGGACACGGACUAUGCCAUCGAGGGCAUCACCUGCCGCAAUGGCAGCGGCAAGGAGAGCAAGGCAAAUGAGGCCAAUGUGUGCGAGAGCCUCGAUCCCUGCACCUUCUACACGUGCGUCGUGUCGCUGCGGCCCAUCGAUGCCAAGCCGCCGACGCCUGACCAAACGAUCUACGCCUACACCGAGUACAAGGAGCCUAGAACACAGAUGACCGAGGUGCUGGCCACCGCAAAUACCAUCAAAGUCUCAUGGGAGACGAACGAUCGCUCGUGUGUCCAGUCCUUUGAGAUCACGGCCAAGGCUGCGGAGUUCUCCUACACGACGCAGCAGCUGAGCGAGAAGAGCACCUACACCUUCAUGGACGUGCACGCCUGCCUCACCCACACCCUGACCCUGCUAACGCGUAACAAUGCCAGUCACGUGGUGGAUAUGGACACGGACAAAGUGGAGACACUCUACUCGGAGCCAGGCGAUCUUUCCAUGAACAUCACGAACAUGGCCAAUGGCAUAACGGUCGUCACUUGGGCCGAUCCCACGGAGAAGCAUUGCAUCGCCUAUUACAUUUUCAAGUGGAAACGAAACGACUGUGAGCAGGAGGAGGAGGAGCAGCAGACGACCACGGAUCUGCCUAUGACUCUCAAUACGGACUAUGACAUGGAGACAACCGAACCGGAAACACCCGAUCCAGAAGUGCCUCCCGAGAGUGAGGAUAGAGUUGAGUGCGAGUGGAGCGACAAUUCGGUGGAUUCCAAGCUGAGGGAGUAUCUGCUGACGGAUCUGCAGGGCUGCGAGCAGCACACCUUCGAGAUCUACAUCAACGCGAACGAAACGGCCAAAGCCUCACAGCAGUUUACAUCCGCCGAGAAGAUGGCCAGCGCUGUCUUUGAGCCCGUUCACAGCAUGAACUCCACGGAGCUGCGCUGGAUGUGGUCCGAGCCGCAGGAUCAUCCCAAGUGUGUGGCCAACUACAGUGUGCAGCUGACGGGACCCAUGCAGCGCCUCAACGAAACCCUCGAAGUGGUCACCACAGACAAGAUGGCAGUCUUCGCAAACCUCGAUCCUUGUGGCAUCUAUCGCGUGAAAAUUGUGCCGAUGAUGCUGAACGGAAGCUCAGGGGCCAAGUACCUGGCGGAGACGACUGUCAGCGAAGAUCAGCCCUCGCAGAUCCUGGAACUCGUCGUGCUGCCCGGCUCCUACUCCCUGGAGUUAAGCUGGCUCACACCCGCAUACGCGGACUUGUGUAUCGAUGGAUAUCGCAUCUCCGGCUGGAUGGAGGACAACAAAGAGGUGCUCAGUGCCACCACCAAGAACACAUCUGUGACGUUUAGUGAUGGGCUGUUGGCCUGCCAGGCGUACACCAUACAGAUUAUACCCUACACGAGGGAGAACCUCGAUGGCGCUCUGCUCCAGAAGGAUGUGGAGACAACGGCGGCCGUUGUGAACUCUGACAAGAUCACUCUGCAAAUGGCCACCAAUGGAGCUGCUUCGCAUAGCCUCACGUUGAUUGCCAACAAUCAGGACUACAACAACACCUGCCAGACGAUCUUCGCCUUCUUCAACUGCAGCACCACGGCCAAGGUGCGCUACACCUAUGCGGAGCGUUACGUCGAGGGUUACACAAGGACAGGCUUCCAGGCAGAAAUCAGUCCGCUGUCCCCGAACACCGCCUACUUUUGCGACGUGAUGCUGUACAAUGUGGCAGGAUCCUCGAAAGUGCGACGUACCCUGGAGAACACGCACACGCAGAACUACUUUCCCGAACGGCCCGAGAAUGUUAGCAUCGAUGAGAGCCGUGUGCAGAGUCUGAUGUUCACGUGGAAGGCGCCCACCUAUCUGAAUGGAGCCAUCAAGUACUACCAGGCCUUCCUGAUGCGUCACCAGCCCAACUACACAGUGCCCGAGGACUGCGAGGAGGUCAGCGAGAAUCCCAAGUCCGAGACAAAGGGCGAUCUGAGCGUCAACUUCACUGAACUGGCUCCGGGUGUGCGCUACAUAAUGCAAGUGGCUGCCCAGAAUGAGUUCGGGAUGGGAGAGUACACUUCUCCGAUUAUUGGAAUCACUUUGCCCGCGGUCUCUGAGCGCGUCACCCAACUGUCGGUCAAUCCCAUGGGUCCCUCGCUGGACUCCUCCGAGACGUACAACGCCAAUGCGACCAUCACCUGGAUAUUGCCCUGCAAGUCCAACGGCAACAUUGAGGCGUUCAUCCUGGACUUUACUGGAGAUCGGGCAGCACACGAGAAAGUCGAGUUCCGGCGCAUCGUCCCGCCAGACACGGCGGACCGCAAGGGACGCAUGUCCUACACGGAGACGGACAUGAAGCCGGAGUACGACUACCGAGUGAAUGUGACCGUGAAGAACGUGGAUGUGGACACGCUCAGCGACAUCGCGACGUCCCAGUGGCAGUCUCCAGCGGGUCUUCCCGCUCGUUUGGGCAGCGAUGUUGUGGGCCAAAUGCGUGUCAGUCCCAACGAGACAAGUCACCCGACGAGAUCGGCCAUCGUGCGACUGCCUGCGGAUAUCCAGAGCUCCGAAUCGGGCAACAUCACGUACAUUGCGUUGCUGCUGUCGCAGAAGAACUGCGCGGGAACGCCAGAGCUGGGCUCCGCCCUGGUCAACGCUGCUUCGGCAUGGCCCGAUGUGCAGUCCUAUGAGACGGCAGGCGGAGACGGCACGGCGGAGUGCAUCUAUCAGUACCAGACGACCGAGGAGCGCUGGAACCCGCACACGGUCAGCAGGGAGCGGGGCGCCGGCGAGGAAAUUGUCUUCACCAUCGGCGAGGACAAGUGUCCGAACGGCAAGAGGUACUGCAAUGGGCCACUGCUGGCGGACACGCAGUACCACAUGGUGGUGCGACUCUUCACCAAGUCGGGCUACCGCGACGCUGCGCUGCUGGAGUUCCGCACGGAUGCGGCCAUCAAGGUGACACUGAUCCUGAUCAGCGUCUGCUCCUGCCUGCUGCUGGCCUUUGUCCUGGGACUCGCUGUGCUGUGGGUGCGCAAGCGUCUAGCCUGGCAUCGCGACUCUGGCCAGGGCAUUGAGGAUCCCUUUGGCAAUGUGACAGCCAAGAACUUUGCCAUUUUCUACGCCGAAGUGGCCAAGCCGGAGAAGCUGGCCCGCGAGUUCAAGGAGAUCACCGUCGUGGCGCUGGAGCUGAGCUACUCGGCCUCCGAGCUGGGCUGCCACAAGAAUCGCUAUGCGGAUAUUUAUCCAUACGACAAGAAUCGCGUUAUUCUGGACAUAGAUGCCGAGGGAUCGGACUAUAUCAAUGCCUCAUUCAUAGAUGGACACACACGCAAGAAGGAAUACAUUGCCACACAGGGACCCAAGCCGGAGAGCCUCAUGGACUUCUGGCGCAUGAUUUUGCAGUACAAUGUGCGGGUGAUUGUUCAGGUGACCCAAUUCCGGGAGGGUAAUACGAUCAAGUGCCACGAAUACUUCCCGUACAACCUGCGCGGACUGACGGUGAGCGUCAAGUCCAAGGAGAACUUUGAGCUCUACGAUCGAACGGAGCUGACGGUGGUGCACGACAAGUACGGCCUGAAGGAGAAGGUUGUGCACUUUUACUUCAAGAAGUGGCCCGACCACGGCUGUCCCGAGGAUCCCAUGCACCUGAUUGCCUUCGUGAAGAAGGUCAAGUCGGAGCGGCGUCCCAGCUACUCACCCAUCGUCGUGCACUGCAGUGCGGGCGUCGGCCGGACAGGCACCUUUAUUGGCCUGGACUUGAUCAUGCAGCGCCUGAAGAGCGAGUCUAAAAUCAACAUCUUUGAGACGGUCAAGAAGCUGCGCUUUCAGCGCAUGAAAAUGGUGCAGACGCAGCAGCAGUACACAUUCCUCUAUGCCUGCACCUACGAGCUGGUGAAGCACAAGAUUCCGCGUGCCGCACUCAAGCUGGAGGGACGCCCGAAGUCGGCGGCGACUACCAAAAAGGUGAGCUUCCCCGAAGUGGCUGUUGGCAAUGUGGUUGGCUCGGCGCCUAGCACCGAUCCGGAGAGCGGAGUGCCCACCCUGCAGCUACCGGCGCGAUUCUCUGGCCUUCAAAGGGGCAGGGAGCAGCAGCCCUUUGGGAAAGACGACAUCAGCAGCAGCAGCAGCAUCAUGUGACCUGAAAGUGAUCGUCGCUUGUGUAUUUAUUGUAAUUGUAUUAAACGAGUGUAACUUA